GCCAUAGUCACUUACAUCAAGAUUUGAAGAUUGCGCUCAAAGAUUUGCAUUAUCAUCGGUGUAUUGCGCUUAUUUCAAGACUUCUUCCAACUUUGCCUUCUAGUAUCAAUAUUACGCAAAGUGCUAGUUUUGAAUCUGACUGAAAUAUAAAAAGCCGUUCACUCCCACUUCAAUAAUAUAGUUAUCUUAUCUCAACAUACCAUCUGAAUCCAAUCGAACUAAACCAAUAAACCACAUCUCAACUUACAAUACUCAUCUAUCAAAUCAUCCUACAUUAUUAAACAUACCAAUAUGUCUAACGAUAACACUUCCACUCUUAAGUCUGUCGUCGACUCUGCUACUGGCACCGUCCAGAACGCAUUCGGUUACGUAACCGGAAGCACGGCUGAUCAGACUCAAGGUCAAGCUAAGCAAAACAAGGCCGAGGCCGAGCAUGACGCGUCACACGCCACUAUCAAAGCUCCGGGCUUCACGGCCUCAUCAUCAGGCGCCGUCACAAAGGACGACCCCGACAGAACUGCCGGCUCAUACAACCAGACCGUAGGCUCCGCUAAGGAAUUCGUCGGCGGACUAACAGGUGUCGAGUCCCUAAAGGCAGCUGGGCGUCGACAGAACGAAGAAGGCCGACAGCAAGAAGCCAAGGGCCAGGUCAACGACUACGUUAGCGGCGUCUCUGAUCGCGUCACCGGCACUGUGGGCGGAGCCUUCGCAAAUGUCACCGGCAACAAGGCCGCGCAACAGGAAUACGAAAGGCAGCACGAUGCUGGAAAGACGACCCAGCGAGGCGCCGAGGAAGAUAUAGUGAAGCAGGCAGACGCCGACUCUGCAGCCUCACGUAAGGCAUAAGUGCUUCAACUGAAACAUGUGGAGACUUGAUGAACUUUUCGGGGGAGGGGGAGGGUAGCAGAUGACAUUAUGAUACCCAAUAUGGAAUGCUAAGGUGUAAGCUAGUUGUCCGGGGAGGCUUGGGAAAUGGAAUUGUAUUGGUAUAGAAAGAUCUGUACUUAUAUCCGGAAUGGAGCUUAUAAUCACCUACCUUCGUUUAAAAAUGAUUACGUGACCAUUGAGAAUCCAGACAUGGACUAUGU